AGCCUGCUAACCUCUCCGUUAAACAUUGUUCAGCACUGAAAUAUAUGGUUUUACUUAUAAAAAUUGAAAAUUAUAAUGCUCUCAAAUGAUAUUCAGGGUUAUAUUCAGGGUUUCAUGAAUAUUAUAUUCAAAUCUAAUCAAUAAACAUCAAUGGGAAUUUUAUUGCUUCAUUUGAAGGUCAUCAAGAAAUGAAGAGGCCAGACAUCUAGUACUGGCCUCAUGAUUCAGAUGAGAGUUGAAACUAGUUUCCUGCAAGGUCCUAGAUUACAUGAAUGCAGGGAUCUUUUUUCUAAUAUGAAAAAGUGAAUGUUUUAAUAAUCAUGAUUAAAGUGAAAGUAACUUUGAUUUCGUUGGUAUUAUUGAUGACUGAAGUGGAUCCAGCUCGUAUUCUUAUAGUACUUCCAUUCCCAGCCCACAGCCACCAUAUAUUUAGCACGGCUAUAAUGAAGGCAUUGGUGCAAAGAGGACACCAUAUUGUAGAGUACAGCCCUAUACCUCCUGUGAAGCCCAUAAUUAAUCAUACGUAUGUGGAAAUUCACACCAGAUUUGAAAAAGAGUUGUCUGGAUGGAGCUACGAGGGGUUCAUACAUCAAACAACACAUUUGGACAAAAGUUUCUUCGGAUGUAAAUUUAGGAGAAUAUGGGAGAUGAACUACCCAAUUUGUGAAGACACAUUUAGCCAUCCCAACAUACAGAAGUUAUUGAAGUCCCAAGAAGCCUUUGAUUUAGUCAUGGUCGAAUCGACAUUCGGACAAGAAUCGUUGCUAGCACUUGGGCACAGAUUUUCAGCACCAACAAUCGCAAUAGAGACUCUACUCCCUUUCAGUAUUCUCAACAGACAAGCUGGGAACUCGUUAGAUAUCUCUUCAGUACCUGAUCUAACAUCCCCUGUUUUUGAAAAUGAUCCAAUGUCAUUUAUGGACAGAGUUUUAAAUUUAAUUUCCGUGUCAUUGACAUUGUUCCAGCAUCAUUAUAUCCACUUGCCAUUGCAAGAAGAAAUUGUAAAAAAGUACUUCAACGAACCCUUACCACCCUUGGCUGAUAUGGUAUUGAAUGUUUCUCUCUAUCUUUCAAAUUCUUAUCCCACGACUAUAAGUCAUGUGCGACCCUAUACUCAGAACAUUGUUCACAUAGGAGGAAUCACAAUUUCCCCAGACAGGGCUGAUCUUCCUCAGGACAUAUUGAGGUUCAUGGACAACGCUAAAGAAGGAGUUGUAUUCUUCAGCCUUGGAACAGUUGUUCCCCUCCAUCUCAUGCCAAAAGACAUAAUACAGAUUUUCAUAAACGUGUUCAAGAAAAUGCCGCAGAGAAUAAUAUGGAAAAUAUCCCAGUUAGAUCCUUCUUUUGAUGUACCUAAGAACGUAAUGGUUAAAAAGUGGGCCCCACAAGCUGGAAUAUUAGCACAUCCGAACUGUAAAGCCUUUAUUACUCAUGGAGGUCUGAUGAGUACCCAUGAAGCCUUACAUUCUGGUGUACCGACUGUGGGAAUCCCCUUCUUCGCCGACCAACCCUUCAAUGUAAAAUUCAUGGAACAUCGAGGAGUUGGAAAACAAGUUAACUUUUUCUCCCUUUCAGAAGAAACGCUCAGCAAGGCUUUGAAUUUGAUUUUGAGCGACCCUAAGUACAAACAGAACGCUAUGAAACUCUCUAAGGUUUACCGAGACCGACCAUAUACAGCAGAUGAAUCAGCAGUGUUUUGGGUAGAGUAUGUUCUGAAGUACAGAGGAGCUCAGCAUCUUAGACCAACAUCAGCAACUAUGUCAUUUCUUCAGCUUUAUCUGCUUGACGUAAUGGCAGCCAUUAUUGUUAUAUUGUUGUGUGCAGGAUUCAUCAUAUAUUCAACUGUUAAAGCAUUGUUAACCAUGAUUCAAAGGAAUCGUAAAACACUAAGCAAUAAAAAGAAAUUGAGAAAAUAA